GGGAGAGCGUAGCCGUAACUCCCGUUGUCGCGGAGAAGGAACGUGAAAACGUAUCUGUCAAAAGGGUAGAAUGUUUUUGUUAAUGUUUUUUUUUAAAACCAUCAUUAACUAAGAAUUCGUAAAAACUAUCGUAAACUGGAAGCUGGUUGGAUAUAAAUUAAGCGUAUAACACCCAUAGAAAUAACAAUCCUAUUUAUCCAAUGAAUAGACCGAAGAUUUCUUACACAAAUAGGGGUUUAAACAUUUCCAUAUUCUAUAUUUCGUGACUUUGAGCUUCAAUAAGUUUUUCAGGAUUCAAGACUACGAGCUCGGCAGCUGCUCCUGCGAUAACUGAGUACACAAAUCGAAAUGCCACCAAAUGGAACGAUACCUGAAAAGUUAUUCGAAGAUGUUUGUGAGGAACCUGAAACACAAGACAUUAAUAACAAUAUACUGAGUAAACUAGAUCCUCCUACUAUAGCAGCGCCUAGAAAAUAUGAAGUUGUUUAUAAAAAUUUCCUUACUAUUGGAUAUAUGCAUGCUGCUGCGCUUUACGGGCUCUAUCUGUGUUUCACACAAGCUAAAUGGGCUACAGUUAUCUAUGCAUACCUAUCAUACGUAGCAGCUACAAUUGGAGUUACAGCUGGAGCUCACCGUCUCUGGUCCCAUAAGGCUUUUAAAGCCACCUUCCCCUUACAAGUGAUUCUGAUGCUGUUCCUCUCCAUCGCCAACCAGAGAGCGACCCACUGGGUCAGAGACCAUAGGACCCACCACAAAUACAGUGACACUGAUGCCGACCCGCAUAAUGCUAGCAGAGGAUUCUUCUAUUCCCAUAUUGGAUGGCUUUUUGUGAAGAAGCAUCCAGAAGUCAAAAAACGAGGAAAGCUCAUGGAUCUUUCGGAUAUUUACAGUAAUCCUGUUUUGAUGUUCCAGCACAGGCACGCCAAAUACUUUCUCCCUACGAUGUGCUUCGUGAUACCAACAUUAAUCCCCAUGAUCUUUUGGGGCGAAACCUUCAAUAACGCCUGGAACAUUACCUUAACAAGAUACAUCUUCAAUGCCCACGUCUUCUUCUUAGUCAACAGUGCCGCCCAUAUCUUCGGUAACAAGCCCUAUGACAAGGACAUCUUAUCCGGGGAAAGUAACAUCGUCUCUCUCGCGACCUUCGGAGAAGGAUUCCAUAACUACCACCACGUUUUUCCCUGGGACUAUAGAAAUGCUGAAUUGGGCGGCACUGUUCUAAACUAUACUAAGGUUUUUAUAGACUUAGCAGCGGCCAUUGGAUGGGCUUAUGAUUUAAAGACGGUUCCCAAAGAAUUGGUUUAUAAAAGAGCUUUGAGGUCUGGGGAUGGUAGUCACCAGUGUGCUAAAGUUGAAAGACCCGAAUGACCUUCAAAGGGUGAUGAAUGAAAUAAGUUAGCAAAUGAUAAAAGCAGUGAUUAGUCAGCAAGCAUUUAGGUUACAAACCAACAUUUUUUGACAGAAAGCCAAUUACGGGCCCUCACAUUUAGCAGUACUAUAAGGAAAAAACAUGAAAAUUAUCAAUUGUAAAGCUAUGCCUGAGAAAAAAAUGAAUUUACC